AUGGUCUGGCUCAAUAAACAACGCCCACACGCCCAAACGGCUGAUUUGGUUCCUGAUGCCAACGUCGACCCUGUCCAAACGAGUCAAGCAACUACGGAUGCCACAAGCCCAGACAGUGAUCACUAUUUGACUGGCUCAAGGCUUUAUCUUGUCAUUGCCGGGAUAGGUCUGGCAAUCUACCUAUUUGCUCUUGAUAUUUCGGUCGUCGCGACGGCCAUUCCCUAUAUCACAGCACGAUUCAACUCUACCACAGAUAUCGGCUGGUACGGCGCUGCUUACCCUCUGUGCAUGUGUUCAUUGCAACCCAUGGCUGGAAAACUGUACACCAAUCUUUCUCUGAAAUGGACCUUUUUCGGCUUCACGAGCAUUUUCCUAUUUGGCUCCGUGCUUUGCGGUACAGCCGUCAGUUCCCUGAUGUUUAUUCUCGGCAGAGCCGUUUCCGGUGCUGGAGCAGCUGGAAUCUUCUCUGGGGGACUCUCCAUCCUCGCUGUUGUCGCUCCCCUUUCCCAACGGCCUCUAUACACAUCUGCACUAGGCUCUCUGUUUGGGGUUGCUACCAUCACCGGACCAAUUAUCGGAGGUGCAUUGACAACGGAGGCGUCCUGGAGAUGGUGCUUUUACAUCAACCUUCCUGUCGGAGCAGUGACACUGCUCGCACUGGCGUUGCUCUUCAGACCACCCGAAAGAGCGUCAGACAAGAUGCCUCUCAUACAGAAGGUACGGCAGAUUGAUAUUGUCGGGUGCGCAAUAUUCAUACCAACAAUUGUUAUGAUUCUUCUGGCACUGCAAUGGGGCGGUCAAAAGUAUCCCUGGAAAUCGGCCACGGUGAUAGGACUAUUCUGCGGCUCCGCCGGCCUCGCCGCUAUAUUCCUCCUCUGGGAACACCACCAAGGCGACAAAGCCAUGAUUCCCUUCUCGAUCCUGCUACAGCGCUCAAUCCUUCUCAGCUGUCUAUUCAGUGCUUUGAUGUUUGGUGCCUACCUACUCAACAACUACUAUAUACCUGAGUGGUUUCAAGUCGUCAAAGGCGCCAGUCCGCUUCACAGUGGUGUCAUGACACUGCCCAUGGUGUGUACCCAGAUCGUGGCUUCGAUUUCGGCAGGUUUACUCAUCAACCGUACGGGUUACUAUAACCCUUGGUUCUUCAUUGGUCUUGGCUUCAUGGCUAUCGCCUCCGGGCUUUAUACUACGCUCACCACGUCGACUCCGCAUGCUAAAUGGAUCACAUACAUAGUGUUCGCAGGCAUUGGCGGUACCGCAUUGCAGGCGCCGCUUCUCUCCGUCCAAGCAAGCCUAGCCUCGUCUCCGCGGUUGAUUCCUAUAGGCUUAUCCACCACAACAUUCUUCCAGUAUUUCGGAGGUUCGGUUUUUCAGAGCAUUGGAUUAGCAAUCUUCCAGAAUCAGCUGGUGAAAUCUCUCAAGCAGCAUGCAGGUCUCAGGACCGAGCAGCUGCAAGCACUACUGAGUGCUGGGACCGGCCAUGCCCGAAAGGUGACGGAGACCAGCUUUCCUGAGAAGCUAGAGUCGGUUCUGUGGUCUUAUAACAAGGCGAUAACUACUGUAUUUGUGAGAGCCCUUCAUCACCGCCACGCGAUGCUCUCGGCUUUUGUGUGA